AGUUUGUGUUUAUGGUUACCGAGAGACAACGCUGAUCUGGCAGUGCAGCUCUGUACAGGGGACAGAGACGAAGUCUGGGACUGGAAGAAAAUAGACUGAUGUGAGACGGACUCGACACAGUUGUCAUUCGGAGCUGAAGGGCGGACAGGCAAGAGGCAUGAACAGAAUUUACUCAAUGCAGCCGGCGGAGCCAGAGGACGGGGCGAAGGUGAGGGAGUCGUUCAAGUUUGUGUCGGAGGAGAAGAGGAAUGUGUGGAGGGACAGCGGAGAGCACAGAUCUGAGCCGCCCUGUUGCCUCAGCGUCAAUAAGAUCUCUUACACAGUCAGUGAACGCGUGGGUCCGUGGUGGGACUUACCCUCCUACAGGAAACGAUGGACUCGUCAAAUCCUCAAUGAUGUCUCGUUCCACGUGGACAGUGGGCAGAUCAUGGGCAUACUGGGCAAUUCAGGCUCUGGGAAGACCACACUGUUGGAUGCCAUCUCAGGGAGGAUUGGAAACCACGGUGCACUGCUGGGUGAGGUCUUCAUAAAUGGCAGGAAACUGAAGAGAAACGAGUAUCAGGACUGCUUCUCCUACGUACUGCAGAGUGAUAACUUGCUGAGUUAUCUGACAGUGGAGGAGACUCUGACCUACACCGCCCAGCUGGCCCUGCGGAAACACUCGGCAGAAGCCAUCAAGAAAAAGGUGUCUGCCGCUAUGGCCGAACUGAGUCUGACUCACGUGGCCCACAGUGUUAUUGGAGGUCGCGUUUUCCCGGGGAUCUCUGGGGGUGAGAGGAGGAGGGUCUCCAUUGCCAGCCAGUUACUUCAGGACCCAAGGGUAAUCCUAUUGGAUGAGCCGACCACCGGCCUGGACAGCAUGACCGCCAAUCAGAUCGUGGUGCUGCUGGCAGAGCUGGCCAGGAGGAACCGCAUCGUCAUAGUGACCAUCCACCAACCACGCUCCGAGCUCUUCAAUGUGUUCAGCAGGAUCGCUAUAAUGAGUAAAGGCGAGCUAGUGUUCUGCGGGCAGCCAGGGGAGAUGGUGGACUUCUUCAGUCAAUGCGGAUAUGAGUGUCCAGAGUACUGCAACCCCUUUGAUAUAUAUGUUGACUUCACCUCGGUGGACACGCGCAGUAGCGAGAGGGAGGCUGCCACAUUCAGUCGCAUGCACGAGAUCACGUCAUCCUAUCAGAGCUCAACAAUCUACCAGAGCAUGCUGACAAAAGUGGAGGAGAGUCUGAACCGGGCAGACAAACCAGCCAUCCCCUUUAAGAGCAAAGAGUCUCCCAGCGGUGCUGCCAAACUUGAAGUUCUGCUUAGGCGCACUGUAAGAAACUUAUCCAGAGACCGGAUGGGAGUUCUGAUGCGUCUAUCCCAGAACCUGAUCUACGGUCUGUUUGUGGCCUUUUUCGUCAUGCGUCUAGACAACGACGUCAGCAAGGGUGCAGUGCAGGACCGCAUCGGCAUCAUCUAUCAAAUGAUUGGCGCUUCGCCCUACACUGGGAUGCUGAAUGCUGUCGCUCUCUUCCCAGCGCUGCGAGCCAUCAGUGAUCAGGAGAGUCAGGACGGCCUGUACAGUAAAUGGCAAAUGUUCUUGGCCUACAUCUUCCACAUCCUGCCCUUCAGUAUCCUGAGUGUGUUUAUCUUCACCUCCUUCCUUUACUGGACAGUGGGGCUGCAACCUGAAACUUUGCGCUUCCUGUGUUUCACUGCUGUAGUUCUGGUGCCGCAUAUCAUAGGUGAGCUGUUGACUGUGGUGCUAUUAGGAAUAGUGCAAGACCCUAACAUGGUCAACACUGGAGUGGCUCUACUCAAUAUUGCAGGGAUCCUAGUGGGAUCUGGAUUCCUGAGAAGCACCCAGCAGAUGCCAUUAGUCUUCCAGUGGCUCAGUUACCUGACUUUCCAGAAGUACAGCUGUGAGCUGCUCAUAGUCACCGAGUUCCACGGACUCGACUUCACAUGCAAUGCUACCAGACCCUUGCCAGGAGCCUGUGCGUUGACUCACGGCAGUCAGAUCAUUGAUCAGGGCUAUCCUGGUGCUCUAUCCCGAUACACACUGGACUUUAUUCUUCUCUACUCCUUCCUUCCUGCUCUACUGGUGCUGGGCAUUAUCAGCUUCAAGAUCAGGGACAGGCUCACGCGUCACUGAAACCACAGAUACAAAUGUGAGGCAGAAACAGAAAGACAAACUUCGGUCAUCAUGGUCCUGUGCUGAUUUGCAGUAUGAUGUUCUCUUAAGUAUUGGGGCUCCUGCUUCUCUACUUACUCUGCUUAACCUAAAAUAUCUUAUUUACUUACAGUUUUUAAGCGUAGGUUUCUACCUGUUAAUCCACCUGUUAAUGGUGCAAUCAUAGUCACAAACAAAACAACGUUCAAUUUUAAUCCAGCAAUCAAACUCAAAAUGAAAUCUUAACAUGGUCUCUUAUAACUCUCUCUCUCUCUGAUCAUUACACCUCCUUUAAUUAUCCACGUUUAAAAAAGCAUCUGCCAUUUUCUGUGCACCUCUGAUUGACUGUAACACCAAACUUGUGGAAAAAGAAAAUCCAAUUUAGACUGAAAACAAAUCACAAAUACGCUAAAGUCAGUUAGCUUCAGAAGACAGAAUAUAAGAAAUAUUGAUGCUGAUUUUUUAAAGACCUGAAUUACUUUCCAACAAUGACCGAUCCUUUGUAAACUAUCUGUAGCCUUCAGCUUAAAUUAAAUAGCACCUGUAUCACCCUUUUGUUCAAAUAUUGUGCAUGUAAAUUAUCACUAAUAAGUGAUGUCUGCUUUCAUAAUGUUUAUUUUUUUUAGAAGACAUGUUAUUAUUACAAAAUAGCUUUGUCUGUAAAGUUAAUUGUUAAAUAAGUUGCAUGAAUUAUGUAUAAAGUAGUAAAAAUGAAGGAAAACAGUGAAUAAAUAAUGCAAACUGUGUACUGUAUAUAUGUUCUUAUAUGUGUAAUAAAGCAGAUUAUGUCUCCA